GCCAGCAGCCUGCCAGGCCCAUGAUAGCCAUAGCCCAACGAGGAGAGGAGCCCCAGCUGGAGAAGGGGAGACAAGGAGAGAGCGAGGAAGGAGCCUGGCCAGACCAACCAACCAUCCCCCCCCCCUUCUCCUCUCCAAUCGGUCACCCGCUCCUGCCCAACCCGAUUUUGGCAAGCCUUAGGAGGGUUCGCAUCCAGCACCCUCCCGCAUCGCAACUGCCCAGUCUCCCCUCCCCUCCUGUUUAUCUUUUUUCCCUUCCUCCCACAACACUUCUUUUCAUUGCCCCAUCGCAAAGCUCGGAAUCGUUGUCGCGAAGCAGUCGCAUUUCCAGUCAUCAUAUUUUUGUCCCACGACCCCCGACAACUCCCACACAGAACCAUUCCCAGUCAGUCGCAAUGGCACGAGAGGGCACGCGAUCAGCCACUGGCAGCUCCAGGCCGCGCGUCUUUGCGCAGGUCGACACCGCCCCUACCAUCAAGAGGAAGCCCGCGACCAAGAAGGCUGGCGUGAAGCCAACGGGUGUCACCAAGAAGACUGCGGCCCCCAAAAAGGAGAGCAGUGUUGUGACUAAGGUCAAGGCUGCCGUCAAGAAGGGCGAGGCCAAGGUCAAGGCUGCUCUCCCUAAGAAGAGCGCGACCAAGACAAAGACGCCUAAAACGAAGAAGGCCACCGUUGCCAAAUAAGUGGCCAAGCGCUCCAUGGGUCGCGGCAUGCACGCCACUGCGUUAGGCCACGGGCGGAAGCGUGGAUGCACCGUGUUGCCCUCUGUAUUGCACGCCCUCGCUUUCUCGCUGGGUUCGGCUUUGUGAUAUUGUGAUAGCUCACGCUUCUUUUGAUACGGCAGUUCUGGGUCUUGGGAUAUAAUGUUCAUCAGGGGCAGCGCGUUUGGGAGGGGUGCCAUGUCUACUUUUGCCGCAGCAGCACUUUUGCGUAUAGGAUACCUCACUCGCAGACUUUGGGACUACGCGGGGUCUGUUUUUUUCCGUCCGAAGAAAGCCUUAUUAUCAGCG